UCUGCCAAGGAAUGAGCCUGUGAAUUAGUCACGUUUCUGCAUGAAUUAUGUUUUCUUCGGCCUCACAGCGCACAUCAUUAUUCAGAUGAGCGCAAGGAUUCAACACGCGGAUAUGAUUUCAAGCCUUUACAAAACAGCGUAAAAGACAUAAAGGGCUUGUAUAAAGGGCUAGUCUCAGUCGCACUUUCACAAGGCGCAAACUGUCGUCUACGCAUUUAGAAAUUAAUUCUGACUAGUCCAUAUGUACGGGAUCCGGAGUGUUCUGGUUCACACUCUUCUCUCAUUGAGUUCCUCUCUUGUUUUUGGGAUACCUGGGGAGUUAUCCCAUCUGCUAUCUGGAAAUGUCAGAGGAAGGAUUGUUUUUCGUCAAAUGGAAUAUAAUUCGACAUACUUGCGGGACAGUGGGAAGCUGGCGUCUUACAUACCCACCGUGGUUUCAUUCGAGCACUUUGACCUGAGACGUACCCUGCCCUCUGUGACUUUCACAUACACGUGGAACCUAGGCAAUGGGGAAGUGCGUAAAGGCCCAGAGCCUUUUGUGAAUUGUCAUUACACUUCACCAGGGAACUACACGUUUCAGCUGAGCAUCGAAGCCAAUACGCCCCAACAUUCCAGAAUGACUGGGCUGUACUCUGUAGAUUUGACUGUGUUAGACGCCAUAAAGACCGUUGAAUUGAGAGGACCUUUAAUUUAUAACGUCAACCGGAGCAGCAGUCUGUCCUUUCAUGUUGGAGGAAGUCCACCGGUUUGGCUGUGCUGGAGAGUUUUGUCUGAAUGCCACGCAUCCAGUCCAACUUCCUGCAAUUCAUUCAGGCUCUACGGGAACACAUUCAAUCUGAACUACACCUUCAGAUCAGUAGGAAUGCACUGCUUAUACCUGAGUGUGAGAAACAAUAUAAGCAACCUCCAGACAUCCUACAACAUCUAUGUGCAGAAUAGCUCUCUGAGUCUCAUCUUCAUUUUGCCCUGUGCUGCAAUGAUAGUUGCUACUCUCAUAUUCAUCUCUGUGUCGGUGUGUCGUCCACGCCAGCAAUCCCUCGUGUCUAAGGCUCUGAUGGCAGAUAAGAAUUAUAUCUCCUUAACAGAAAUUGAACUGCCGUACAGAACCUUACAGAAUAAAACAAGCGAAGCAAAGCCGCUUCUCGAUCAGCCGGAGACUUCUUACAACACCCAAGCCUGAUUGCCCAGUCUACAUUACUAAUUAUUCGACAAAAUCAAUCUUUCAUUAAAAUAAUUUUGUCAC